GGAUGCAUUAUUCCCCUUAGUUCUGACCAAUUGCUGAUUAAUCUCUAUAACCGAUUCCCUUCCUGACUUUCUCACUGAGUCAUUUCCCAUACAUUGGGGAGUCUUUUCCAAAUAUAUAGAAGUUUUCCUUAAGAGCAGGAGACUCAAAGGCCUAUUUUCUCAUGAUUCCUUCUUCCUGCUCUAUUAUGAUACCAUUUUGCUGUAUUUUAUCAGUAAAUUUUGGUAAGAUUAUUAUUCUAGGCUCAGGAUAUUUCUGUCUUGGUCCCAAUAAGAUACUUCUGUCUGGGUUCUUUGUGCAUCGAAAUUUUAUGAGAAUUCAGUAUUGGAUUGGAAAGUUUCAAGAAAGAUAUUGGUAAACUUUGGCUGAAGAAGAUCAUUUAUUGCUGAAAUUCAGUUUUACAUGUGGAAAUCCUGGACAAAGAGUAUAGUUUUAGCCUCAAAAGGUACAAUAAGGACUUUCCUAUAUGAUUUAGCGAAAGUGAGAUCAUAACCCUCUGAAUAGAGGAUAGACUUACACCUCUGAGACACUGAUUCAAUGGGUUCAUGAUAGUCAGUCAAUGGGAUUCAAUAGAUGGAUAAUUAGAAGCACUACUGAUAUCUUAAUUGGGCUGAGCAUGUUCUACUGAGAUAGCAAGGUUCUCUUUGUAUAAGUUCCACAAAAGGAUGUUACAACUAGUUGUAGUAGAAUUAAACGAUCAUAAUCGUGUAUCCUUAAGAUCUAUCUGUGAUCUCAUAUCUAAACUUUUACAGCCAGUUUUGGGGGUUCUUGAUCAGGUUUAUCAAUACAUCUAAGCCUGCUGCUUAAUUUAAACUCUGGAGCGGUCUUCUGGUUAUAAAAGGGCCAUUUUGAUUAUUAUUAAGCUUAUUCGAUUGCCUUAAUGCUUCUUGCCUCAAUAAGAAAUCAGAUAUCUGUUCUGUUGUUGGAGAUAUACUCUAUGUGUUGUUUAUAAUUAUAUAUUAUUUUCAUGGAUAUUUUACCCUCGCUUGUUCUUUUUAUCUGGCAUGUUUCUAAGAAGCCAGGUGAACCUCUCCUUCUGGGUUUUAUCUUGUUAAUUUUAAAUAUU